GAGAUACACCCUUGCAGGGAGGAAUCUGGAGGGUUAUCUGACAGGAGAGAUGACAGAGCCGGCAGAGGACUCGGAGGGAAGAGAUGAGUGGAAGGCCACUCAUAUGUUGGUAUACAUCUGGCUCCUUAACUCGUUGGUCCCAACGAUCGCUGCCACGGUAGAUGGCAUUGAGAAGGUGAAGGACGUCUGGGAGAAGUUGAGGACAUAUGAUGGAGUGGGGAAUAACCUGAGGGUAUUCCAGAUUAAAGGAGAGAUCGACGCCACAGUCCAGGGAGAGAGGACUGUACAGAAAUAUGCUACAGAGUUGGAGCGCCUGUGGCUGGAUUAUGAUCACUUUUCCCCCCGGGCUAGCUGCAAGGACCCGGGAUGUAAAGAGCGGGAGGUCUUUCUACAGGAGAGGACUAUGGUGUUUCUCAAGGGAUUGACAUCAGAGUUCACUCAGCGAAUCGCAUUGCUGCUAGCUCAGCCGAAGAUUCUCACGCUGGAGGAGGCUGUCUCUGCUAUGAUCCAGGAGGAGACUCGCAUUCGGCUGUAGGCGGGGACAGGUGGACUUCCUGUGGUGAAGUCAGCACUGGCAGCCUCAAGCAGCACUGGAUCUAGGGGAGAGACUCGACAGUGCUACAACUGCGGUGCGGUGGGUCAUCUAAGGCAUGCUUGCACCAAGCCACCCAAGGAAGGAGAUCCGGGUGGACGUGGACAGUUCGGAGCUCGUGGUCGUGGCCGUGGGGGUCGACGAGGUGGAAGAGGAGCAGGGAAUCGGGCGAAUCUGACGGUAGCAGAGGAAGAAGAAGCUGAGGUGGUCUUUACAGAGGAGGAUCGUGCUCUCCUGACGAUACUCAGGAAAAAACAGCAAGUAGCAGGGGAUGGAGACUUAAGGAGUGGGACUGAGGAGGCAUCCACUUCGUUCUUCGCCAGAGGCAACACUGCUACCUAUGCUCAUCCGACCAGAGAUACUGAUGACAUACAUGCUCUUGCUUCUAUGUCUCCCAACAGAUCAUCAGAGUGGAUAGUCGACUCCAGUGCGUCUCGUCAUGUGACAGGUAAUGCUAGUGAGUUCUCAUCAUAUACUCACUUAGCAUCGCCUGAUAGUAUUCAAACAGCUGAUGGUACAUUUCAGCCGGUGGUUGG